AUGGAGGACAGUGAGGGGUCUUCGUUCAUGCCCACAACAAAGGCUCUGCUUCGGAUCUACACGAACGCCGCUCGCAGCAUGAUGUGGCGGAAGACUUCUGCGCACGGAUUGCGGGCACUAUGGUCACCAUCAGUCAUGCAGCACGACACAGUGAUGGACGCCUACCGGCUGGAAGCGCUCAAAGCUAUCCUCCCGAAAGGCACGCCUCCAGACAAGCUUGGCCCGACCGUGUGCGAGAUCACCAUGCUGCCGCUGGACGGCACGAACGAGGUCGUCAAGAAAAAGGCAAUCGUGACCACAUGCAUGGAGAAAGAACUCGAAACAAAGGGCCUUGACACACCUGGCCUGGACAUCAAGGCCAUCCAAGCGAAGUGCCUCAAGUGCGCUUUCCCGAAGCUCUCCGAAGCCGACGCGGUGGCACGCUACAAGGACGUGGUGAAGAACUUCGAGAACUACGAAGAAAACGCGGUGCGCGUCAAUUCAGAGCUCAAGGCUGCCAUGCGCUUCAUGCUAGACGAAGGUCCGACUAAAGAGAUGAACGAUGCCGCCCGCACCGCGUGUCUAAAAACCAUGGCUCCAGGUGUCACUCCCGACAAGUACAUGUCGCACGUCGUCAGCUUGUUCAAGAAGGGAGACCUCGAGAGCAAAAAAAAGAUUGAUGCCUGCACGUAUAAGAACUCGCUGAAGGGAAAGUGGGUGCGUGCCAGGCAGACGAUGAUUCGUGAGUGCGCGGAGGAAGCCCAGAAGAAGCUGCCCGCAAACCUGAGAGGCGACCUGCAGUUUCUGUACGCCUUGCAUCUCAACGCAACUGCCCUGGAAAUUUACCUCUCUUGUGCGGAACGCGAAGAAGACACUAUAGUGGAUGGGCCCACCGGUGCCGGCGGUGUCGUGGACGUGUACUGCACCACCAACGGCAAGGCUCCUCGCAAGUGCCCCCAGUGCGCCUCCGAGGAGUACACCACCGUCGACGCAGCCAAGGUGGAGGCGACGGUGGAUGCCUGUUACAGCAAGAAAGAAGCUGCACAUCCGCUGUACAAGCAAUACACUGCCUAUUUGGGACAGGUGAAGGCCAAGAACAUCGCCAAGGGAAAAUGCCUGCAGGACGGGGAAGCAGCGGCGCAACAAGCGAGUCAGGGUGGCAAGAGUGGAGCGCCGGCAAGGGGCUGAACUGGUACUGGCUCGAGGAAAUAAAGAUGGAUUUCAAUAUA